GUGCUUGCAGUUGCUGGUCGGCCAAUUGUGGAGAACUGCCUGGCGGGCUACAACUCAUGCAUCUUUGCUUAUGGCCAGACUGGCAGCGGCAAAACAUACACAAUGAGCGGGCCCUCUGGCUCUGUGGGCCACCUAAAUAAUGAGGAACAAGGCCUGAUUCCCAGGGUCUUUGAUCACCUUUUCACGCGCAUUGCCAGGAUGCAAAGCAGACAGGUGUCGUGCAAGUGCUCCUUCCUGGAGAUAUACAACGAGAACAUCACAGACCUGCUCAGCCCCUCAGAGGCGCACCUGCAGAUCAGGGAGGACGCAGCCCGUGGACCCUAUGUUGAGAACCUCUGCGAGGAGGAGGUCUCCUCAGUGGAUGAUGUGGCGCGGCUGCUGGCAAGGGGCCAAGCAGCGCGGAGGGUGGGCGAGACGAACAUGAACAGGGAAUCGAGCCGAUCGCACUCGGUGUUCACAUGCACCCUGGAGAGCAGAACCACGGAUGAGUCAGGCAUCACCAACAUCCUGCGCUCCCGCCUCAACCUGGUCGACUUGGCAGGCAGCGAGCGGCAGAAGAGCUCGGGGGCGGCGGGCGAGCGGUUGCGGGAGGCUUCCAGCAUCAACAAAUCGCUCAGCUCCCUUGGCCUCGUCAUCAUGUCCCUUGUGGACGUCCAGCGAGGCGCGCAGCGCCAUGUGCCCUACCGAGACUCCCGCCUCACCUACCUGCUGCAGGACUCUCUGGGAGGCAACUCGAAGACUAUUAUGGUGGCCAACAUCAGCCCGGCCAGCGCCAACCUGGCGGAGACCAUCAGCACUCUGCGCUUUGCCCAGCGCGCCAAGAGCAUCAAGAACAAGGUCAGAUUCCUUGCUGAAGGCGUCAACCUGUUCCUGAAAUUUUAG